AUGCUCUCUCUUUCACCCACCUUACUCUUUCUCAACCCCAUAUCUUUAUCUCCUCCGUCCUUACAAAAUCAAGCUCAAGCUCAUCCCUUUAAUGGCGGCAAUCCUCUUUCCUUCACACCCCCUGCAAAACAACCACCGCUCAUCACUAAAACAAGCAGACCCCAUCAUUACUCUUCAAGCUCUUCUUCCAACUCAUCAGUUGCAGAACAACAAGAAGAAGAACAGUAUCGAGUUUUAACAGCUACUCGAAGCGAAUACAACAACAUUGUAAUCUUAGAAUCCGAUAACUCCAAAGUAUUACUAUUAGAUGAUAGCGGAAAUGUGCAUAGCAUACUGUAUAAAACCCAAAAAUGGACCAACUCUUAUUGGGAUGAAUUUACCAGUUUACCUGCAAUCAUUCCUAAAGGUGGUCCAAUUGCCAUCUUUGGAUUAGGAGGUGGUACAGUUGUUCAUCAAUUGCUCCAUUUUUGGCCUUAUUUGGUUAUUGAUGGGUGGGAGUUAGAUGGUAUUCUAAUUGAUCGAGCAAGAAUGUAUUUUGGGAUGUCUGAAUUGGAAAUGACAACAGAUAAUAAUAAUAAUGGAGGCUUUCUUCGAGUUUGUGUAGGAGACGCGUUGUCUCCUACAGCAAAUGUAGCUGGUGGUUAUGCAGGGAUCAUUGUGGACUUGUUUGCUAAUGCUGACGUUCUUCCGGAGUUGGAAGUUGCACAAACCUGGCUAGACAUGAUGGAUAAACUCAUGCCGGAAGGGAGGAUCAUGGUGAACUGUGGCGGGGCGAAAGAGGUUUUGAAUGGUGGAAAAGAGUGGCAAGUGAACUUGACAAUUAAGGCAUUGUGUCAAGCAUUUGGUGAGGAGUUUGUGAAUUGGAAAAAGAUGCCUGAUAAUGAGAGUGGGAAUUAUUUGGCAUUUACAGGGCCGUUACCGGACUUAGAUUUGUGGUCUCAUUCUGUGCCGGAGAAACUCAGCUCCGCCGUCAACCAAUGGAGACCUUGUAAGUCUUUGUCAUGA